AUGGACACCAGUUUCCAAGCCGCCAUCGACGCCGGCAAGAUCAACGGCGCUGUAAUCUGUGCCACCGAUGCCGAAGGCCACUUCGUCUACAACAAAGCAAUCGGAGAGCGCACUCUACUCUCAGGCGAGAAGCGGCCACAACAGCUCGACGAUGUACUGUACUUAGCCUCAGCCACCAAAUUGUUUACCACCAUCGCCGCCCUACAGUGUGUCGAAGACGGCCUACUAACUCUAGAUGGCGACCUAUCGUCCAUCGCCCCAGAGCUUGCUACCAAACAUGUUCUCACCGGCUUUGCCGAUGAUGGAAGCCCUCAGCUUGAUCCGCCAGCCCGCCCCAUCACCCUCAAAAUGCUGCUCACUCAUAGCUCCGGCACCUGCUACCACUUCAUGAAUCCGCUCAUCGCCAAGUGGCGCACACAGUUUGCCAAUCCACAGAAUGAUGACCCUCGCUCCGUCGAGGAGAUGUUCAGCUACCCGCUCAUCUUCCAACCCGGUGCUGGUUGGAUGUACGGGCCGGGUCUUGACUGGGCGGGGCGUGUGGUGGAACGUGUCACGGGUGGCACGUUGAUGGAAUUCAUGCAGAAGCGUAUAUUCGACCCGCUCGAUAUCUCAGAUGCCCAGUUCUAUCCUGUCACCCGCGAGGACCUGCGAGCCCGUCUCGUCGACCUCAACCCUGAUGACCCCGGUGCUCUCGGUAGUGCCGUGCUCGGAGGUGGCGGCGAUAUGAACUCACGGGGCCGUGGUGACUUUGGUGGUCAUGGGCUGUUCUUGCCCGGCUCGGAUUUCAUCAAGGUUCUGCGCUCGCUGUUGGCUAAUGAUGGCAAAUUGCUCGAUGCCAAUAUCGUCGACAAUAUGUUCCAGCAACAGCUUGGCCCGGAAGCGGCAGCAAGUCAUCAAGCGGCGCUUGCUAGUCCCAUGGGUGUUUUCUUCCGCGUGGGCACAGAUCUGGGGAUGAAGCUUGGCCAUGGUUUGGGCGGCUUGGUGACGCUUGAGGAUGUUGAUGGAUGGUAUGGUGAGCGGACGUUGACUUGGGGUGGUGGCUUGACGCUUGCUUGGUUCAUUGAUCGGAAAAAUAACCUAUGUGGUAUUGGUGCCAUCCAGGCUGCGCUGCCAGUUGACGGAGAAUUGGUGGCCGAGCUGAAGCAAACCUUCCGCCAUGAUAUUUACAACAAAUAUACUGCGUGGAAAGGCCAGCAGUAA